ACACAAUGGCAUUUUCAAAAGAAAAUUUAUUUCGUUUUUUACUGAACUAGGGGUAACUUUACCAUUAUUUUGGCAAUGUUCGUAUCUUUUUGGGAGAUACUUUGAAAGUCCGAGCCUGGCCUGAAACACCUUGAAGAGCUUGCGGUAUCUGGCGCAGGAGAAACUUACAGACCGAUUUGGAGUUUUUAACGCUAUGCAUUUUAUAAUUUGUUGAUUAUGUCGAUUGACUGAUUCAAAAGCACAUAUUUUUUAUCCCUCACUGGUUUGACAAAAAAAGUCAAAGCUUCCGGAGCAGACCACUACUCCGUUUGCGCAUGUGUCUUGAUUCACCGGGGGUGCACAAUGGAGGAAGACGUACAUAGAGAUGGCUGGCCCUUAUACAAGGAGCAACGACGCCUUUGAAAGUACGAGUUUGUACAUUAUGAAAUAACCGUCCAGGUUCAAGCCAGCAGUUGCGGUGACACCGUCCACAGAGGAUUUAAGUUUAACCUGCAGCAGUGCUGAGUAACUGCUGAGUUCACCUGCUGUGCUGUGUCAGUGCUGCUUUUUCUUUCACUGGUGGCUGCUCUUCUGACUGUCCUCUGCAUUCUUCCAUGCCAUUGUCUAGGAGAGCUAGUGACAUAGACACCGUCCGAUAACUGUCAAGGAAAAUGUCAGAGGUCAACAUACCAAAGCGGAAGGAGAAGUGUGAGAACUGCACAAAACAGUGCAACAAGAAGCAGAGUGAUGAUGGUGCUAACUCGCACCAGGAGAGAGAGAUAGUCAAUGGAGAGGUGCACGAAGAACCCCAGUUGCUGCUUAGUGCCUGCCUGUCCUGUGAUGGCUGUCUAUCAGAGGAGGAGAGUCUAAAAGUCUCUCAGCAGAGUCUGGAGGAAGUGCAGCGGGUUCUGGCACUCAAUAAGAAGUGUGAUGUGACAAAGCACAAGGUGCUGGUGGCAUCAUUGUGUCCACAGUCUUUGCCUUUCUUUGCUGUCAAGUUUGGUGUGGACAUCACUGAGGCUGCCCACAAACUCUGUGGCUUCCUCAAGAGUUUAGGAGUGCAGUAUGUGUUCGACACCACCGUAGCAGCGGGCUUCAGCAUUUUGGAAAGCCAGAAGGAGUUCAUUCAGAGGUUUCGCAGGAGGCACCACGACUCCCAUGCCAUGCCCAUGUUCACCUCCUCCUGUCCAGGGUGGAUCCGCUAUUCAGAGCGUGUCCUGGGCAGUUUGGUCACCCCUCAUAUUUGCACAGCCAGGUCUCCUCAGCAGAUCAUGGGCUGUCUGGUCAAAGACUACUUCUCUAAACAGCAGAAGCUGAGUCCAGAGAAAGUCUACCACAUGUUGGUGGCCCCCUGCUUUGAUAAGAAGCUGGAGUCUGUCAGAGAGGAGUUUUACAACAGCCUGCUGGAGACCAGAGACGUGGACUGUGUCCUCACCUCAGUGGAGAUCUUUCACCUGAUGGAGCAGAGGAAGGUGUCAGCAGAAGAUCUGGACUCUGUUCCACUGGACCAUGUGCUGGGAGAGGCUGGGGAUGUGGCUCUGGUGAGGCACGAGGGCCGAGGUUCUGAAGGUUUUCUGGAACACAUCUUCAAACAUGCCGCCAAAGAACUCUUUGGUCUGGACGUCCAUGAGAUCACAUACAAGACCCUCAGGAACCGGGACUUCCAGGAAGUGACUCUGGAGCGAGACGGGGAAACUCUGCUGCAGUUUGCCGCCAUCUAUGGUUUCAGAAACAUCCAGACUCUGGUUCACCGAAUGAGAAAGGGACGUGUGCCUUACCAGCUGGUGGAGGUGCUGUCCUGCCCAGGAGGAUGCUUGAGCGGCCGUGGUCAGGCAGAGAGCGUCACAGUAGGCCGGGUGGAUAAAGUCCUCGUCCAGCAGAUGGAGGAGGCCUACAGCAGCCUGCCCAUCCGCCUCCCAGAGUUUAGCUCCACCCUGCACACCCUCUAUCAAGACUGGCUGCAGGGCCACGACUCCCCACAGGCCAGUGCACUCCUGCACACCCAGUACAGAAGUCAGAGUCAGACCCACACGCAGCCCCCACACAUGCAGUGGUGAGGACAGAGGGGUGUAUUUACUUUAUGGAAGUCGAACAUGGGCUUCCUCUGGUUCACUCUGAUUCUGCUUGGACCAUCUCAUCAUUCAUGCUGACACCAUGAAAGACAAGCCAAGGACCAUGCUGCACUUAGGACCAGGAGGUGUCAGUAGGUGCAGUACUUCCUUUAGGCCACAGGGGGGUGAUGUCUGUAUUUAAAAUAUGUGGCUCUCCUGUGCCAGACCUGAGCCUCAGGAGAAAUAAAGGUCCAGAGUCCAGACAAACACACAUGUCUGCAUUUUAUGUGGACUGAAGCAGUGAUGUCACAAAGCUGCACAUGGUUAAUGGUUACAAACAAUCAGGUUCAAAACCUCCUGAUCUGCAGCUGUACUGACAAGUGUGUAAAUCUGUAGCACCUAUUUAUGUCAUUUUACAGAGCAAUAACUGGGACUCAUAAACUGAACCUGUGGAUGUUGAAUGUUCAUAUGAAGAGUUUCAUGUAUUCCAAAUGGAAACUGUCCAGUAUGUUGUUUCAUGUUCAGGUUGCUUCCACUGUUCCCUGCUGAAAGACAAGACAAUGUGUUCUCAAACACAUUCAUAACUAUGCAACAGUGUGAUUGCCUCAUCUCAGCAGAGUGAGUCUGCUGUGGGACUCAAGAGGUUAAAGGCAUUUUACUAACACUUAACCUGACUAGCGAGUGUUCGCUCAUGUGUAUCUACCAACUCAAUGUUUGGGUUAUCCGUCCCAGUAAAGAAUUAGUCAUUAUUUUUUUAAUGGUACACAAUAAUUACUCAUUUAUUUUAUCGCUUUGUUCCCAUUCCACAAACUAGUAUUUUUAAGUUAAAUGUUUUUUUUGUUUUACAAGAUCAAACAUCCAUGUAAGGCACUAAAAUAUUCUGACAAAACAAAGUGUGUCUCAUUUCACUGUCUCUGUGGGUAAUGUCAUGGUUCACUAAAAAGUCUCUGCCUCCUAUAGAGAUAAACUUUUUUUAUUUCUGCUGCUGGUAAUCCACAAAACAGACUAGUUUUAAAUGUUAGUGUUCUAAUGAAAACCUCUGAAACAAAGUUGUGUGGAUUAUCUGUAGCAUUGAUUUCCAACUGGCUCAGCCACAGGGUCCACAGGUCACAGGGGACACGUCCCCUUCAAUAUUAAGAAAAUGUGUAUUUGUUCCCCUGAAUAAAACAUGAAAGUUU